ACAAUAAUAAAUAUGAAAUUGAAACAACAACCCCAAAUCUUAUCCCCAACUAAUAUUAAAAAACGAAAAACUAUACCCCCUGAAUUGCUUGUGGAUAUAUUCAAAACCAUCAACACCUUUCCAUAUGAACCGUCGAGAGGUAGAUCAAAGGAUCCAGAUGCCUUUUAUAUUAAAAUAUUAAUUAAAAUAUUAAAAGGAUUGUGGAUCUUCUAUACUAAAAAGUUGAUGACUUCUUCGUCCAUUGUCUAUUUAUCAGCUGGAAAUGCUUUCCGACAGUGCAAGAAAACUAGAAAAAAUAAAAAAAAUUAUAAAAUGUCUUCUGACAAUUCUCCGGACAAUUAUCUGGCAGGUGGAAAUAUUCGUGAUGAAUUUUCUAUGAUAGAAGAACAAGCUAAUAACAUUUUAUUUAAUGAAGAAUAUUCUUUGAAUCCCGAUAUGAAGGUGUUUUGGUCUGAGAAGUUCUUACGUGUUUUGAACGAAAAAAGAUCAUUGAAAACAGUUUUGAAGGAUUUUCAUGAGAAGGAAGUAAAUACUUUGAAAUGUUUAAAUUCUCGACUUAAGCAUCACUAUACAAAAUUAAUGGCUGAGAGCAAGAAAGAAAUGGGAACUUUGACGACAAUUGAUACUUCGUCUUCUGAAAAAUUGGUUUUUGAAGCAGCUACGGCACAGAACAUUUCACAGGUACCUGUUCAAGAUGAAGUUUCUUUAGAAGAAAUGGCAAAUAAUAUUUUGAUGAAAGAAGAACUGUCUAUUAACCCAAAUACAAAGGUUUAUUGGGUGGAGAAGUUUUUACUUGUUUUGACUGAGAAAAAAACUUUGAAUUCUCAAAUGGCAGGAAUUUUGAAGGAAAUGAGUAUCUUGAAAUAUGAAAACUCGUUGCUUAAACACCACUACACCAAAUUACUUAACGAGAAAAAAAAAUUGGGGACUUCAACGUCAACUGAUACUCCAUCAUCCACAGAUGUUUUAGGGUCGAAUCUGAAAGCUGUUUUAAGUGCUUUUGUUUCACCGAGUGCGAAAUCUACAAUUUCAUCUCCAACAACAAGUACCGGCUCACAAGAGAAAACUGUUACAGAAAAGACUGCCUCCAUGAAAAAAAUUAGCAUGGUUUCAAAAGCUUUUGGUUCACCGAGUGAAAUUUUGAAGUUUUCAACAUCUCCAAAAAGUUACACACCACAGAAAACUGGUACAGAAAAGACUGCUUCUGCGAAGAAACAUGGAAUAUGUUCUGUUUGCGAACUUGAGUCUGAUAAAAUAGGCAAUAAUUAUGGAGCAAAGAAUAAUUGUAGUGCUUGUAAGGACUUCUUUCGAAAUAAUCAACCAUUUGUCGACCAACCAUGCAAGGAAUUAACAAAUAAUUGCACAAAGGAUAAACUUUUAUUGUGCAAACGCUGUCGGUAUCUUAAGUGUCUGAAGGUGGGAAUGAAGGCGGAGAAUGUAAAUUUGAAGCAUGUUAGACGACCAAAAGAAGAAGCUGGGUCGGAAGGAGAUGAAUCCACAAAGAAACCCAAGAUGGACUCAUAA